AUGGAAAACAAGUCUACACUGGCAGAAUCUAAAGUGACAGAAUUCCUCUUGAUGGGAUUUUCUGAGGUCCGAGAGAAGCAGAUCUUACAUUUUGUGGUGUUUCUUUCCAUAUACUUAACCACUCUGACUGGGAACUUUCUCAUUAUCCUAACUGUGGCCUCUGAUUCUCAGCUCCACAGUCCCAUGUAUUUCUUCCUGGUCAAUUUGUCACUGUCCGAUAUGUGCUACAUCUCCACCACUGUCCCCAAAUCCAUGGCUGCUUCAUUGACAAAUAACAGAUGGAUUUCCUUCUCUGAAUGUGUUUCCCAAGUUUUCUUCAUUGUCACCUUUGCAGGUGCUGAGCUCUCUUUUCUCACUGUAAUGGCCUACGACCGCUAUGUGGCAAUCUGUCAUCCUUUGCAAUAUCGGCUGAUCAUGAACUGGAAUGCCUGCUUCCAAAUGGCAGCUGCUUCCUGGAUUGGCAGCAUUAUCUAUGGAACAAUGCACACUGUGAGCACAUUCAGGCUGGAAUUUUGCAGGUCAAAUAUAGAGCAAUUUUUUUGUGACAUUCCACAGUUAUGGUUGGUUUCCUGCACAGAUACAGUGGUCAACCAAUGGCUCGUAUUUGGUAGCGUGUUUACUGUAGGCUUAUUUUGCUUUUUGUAUAUAGUGAUUUCUUACGGGUUCAUUUUUUCAGCUGUACUUAAGAUGCAGUCAUCUCAGGGAAGGCAUAGAGUCUUCUCCACCUGUACUCCACACUUGACUGUCUUCUCUUUGUUUUUUACCACUUUUGCAUUUUCUUACUUGAGACCACAAGCUUUGUCCUCGCCGCUUGUCAAACUAUCAGCUGCUGUCCUCUACACAGUGCUGCCACCACUACUGAAUCCCCUCAUUUAUAGUCUGAGAAACAGGGAAAUCCACAAGUCUAUGUCAAAACUGUCAACCAAGUGGUUUGGAUUUCAUAGCACGCUAUGUUGA